AUGGAAGCCUCACCAGAUACGGAGCUGGUCAAGCUUCUACACUGCGAUCUGUAUCGCAAGAUACACAGACAUUUGUUAUACAUAUGGAAUUUCUGGGAUAGCCUGAGUCCAGCCCAACGCACCAUGUACGUCAGACGAGGAGCACACGACAACGAGGUUCCCGAGUCUUUGGAAGGCGCUCUAGAGUCAUGGAGACGUGAUUUCAGACUCGUACCCGAGUGGAAUAUCAAGGAAAUCGUUAAUCCAGAUUCUCCAUAUUUCUAUAUCCGCCUCAGACUUAGAGCCGAACGGCCUUUACCUUGGCAGGUACAGUUCGGGCACUCCGUGGUAACAGGCGACUGGGGACGAAAUGGAGACCAUGCCUUCAUCUCGACCUUGAUAAACGAGAAAACAAUACGCCAUGUCGAGUCUUCCACAAACUCGUGGACCUUCUUAGACCCAGAGAGGUAUGGCAAGUCUGUUAAAGUCGAGGUCAAGGACAUGGAAAAAUUCCUCACUGACAACAAAAAACUUAUCGAUGCUGGACUCUGCGUCCCGUUGUCUACGGGCCAACUCAUUAUCAGAAGACAAGCUCUCCAUCUACUGUGCUGCAACGUUCUAGUAGAUGAUCUUUUGCAAAAGAUAGGAUGGAACCAGCCGAUCACAAGCGGCUUAGACACCGAUACUAUAGCCCUCAUCGGUACAAAUCCCGCUGUGCUGGAACGUUAUAUCGACUACUGGUACCUUAGCCGACCCGAAAAAGUCGCUGACGAGAAAGGUCGUAAGCCACCCCUUUACAACGAUAAAUACAUAAGUGUUUCAUUCUUUGAUGCAAUCCACGACGCUGUCAAACACACCACAAUCUGGAAUUAUUUGUCUGAAAUAUUAGUCCUAUUCUACACAAAAUAUACAGGCGACGCUCAAAGCACAAUCAUUCUACAAGAGAUUGCCAGUGUUUGUGACCUCGAAUUCAAUCGUACCCAGACGAUACUGAAACGGCAAAUGUCAACAACAAAGAAUGGUCAUCGAUUUUUCAAGCGGAUUGCAAAUACGUAUGACAAUGGAAACGCACGUAUCGUCUUGAAAGGCAGACCACAAACUCUCGCAUCCCAUGACAAGCAGCUUCGCUAUAUAUUAUGCCUUUGCCAGCCUCGUAUGACCGCUUGGGAUGCUGUUGAAUGGUUGUCAAAGCUAGACGAGCUGUAUGAAGCGGUCCCCUCAAAAAGGCUCGAGUUGGACAUUAGGGUGAUUGACGCUCUUAGCGAUCUAGCGAAUAUUGUCGGCUUUACUAAAAUGCUCUCACGAGCCUUUCAUAUGCCUAGACAUAGCGGUAAAGAGAAUCAGCGGUUUGUCAACGGGGUGACAGAGCUUGAAAAGGAGCUCAGUCAACUUAAAUCCGAGAUCGACCUUUCCGGGCUUGCUAGUUCUUUCACUAUACCUCUCCAAGCGGAAGUGGCUAGUGCUGCUCUAAACGAGUUCAAUGAAUUUGUCAUUGAUAAAACUGGCACCACGAUUGGUUUUCUCUACUGUGACAUGAUGUUGGACUGUGCAGGCAGCGUUGAGAAGGAAGUACUGUCAGUCCAAGGAGAUGAUGCGCAAACGACGGACAAAGAGCCCAAUGGUAAAGGAGUUUUAUCUCAGCCAGAAUACUCAAACGAUCCCAAGGUUCGUGUUCAGGAGAGGCGAUGGAGAGAGAAAACCAGGGACAGGGAGGCGUACAAGCGCAACUUCAUGUAUGAAUGCCCCCCGGCUGAGUUAUCAGCAGCCUAUACCGCGGAGAAUCCUCCGCCGUUGCCCCCGAAGCCUUUCCGAGUCCAGCCGAGUACGGUCGAAGUUUUUUCGAUGAUAUUUAACAGCGAGGAGGCAACAAGCCGGCCUAUCUUGUAGGAAAGAUUUGAGGAAGCUUUGGUUGAUCUGCGGUUCUUUACUGGUCGCUCGUUUGGCUCCGUCGUGCGCCUCGAGCCUCCGCAGGGAUCAGAAAAUGUGGAUUCAUCCUUUGUUUACAAGCACUACCAGUGGCGCAUCGAGCGUUAGUUACUGCCCGUCUAUGCUCGCCAAUUUAGAAGGAUCUAUGGAUGGACAAAGGAGACGUUUCAGGUGGCGGCCAUGAAGCGGACAUGAGGAGUCUUGUCUUUCCUUUGUCUUCAUUUUAGUGAAGCGGAUUAUAAGUAUUAUAAACCUGGACUUAUAAAGUCAUAGUUGUAUUAAGCGUUGAGGGUAUGGCACAACCCAUGUACUAUUUUUAUAUAGCGAAGAAUAAGCGAAC